GAGGGGGAAGUGGAGUUGCUGAGCUGUUUGACUUUUGGUGAAUCAGUUGGAUUAAACUUUGUGACCGUAUCACUUUUAAAAACACGGUUUGGGAUAUAUAUUAAAGUGAACUCGUGACAGGACGGCCGUUGUACAACAGUGCUGAUGCUCUGCUGCAACCAUGUUCGGCAAAAAGAAAAAGCAGCGUGUACAGAUCUCUGCUCCCUCCAACUUUGAGCACCGUGUGCACACUGACUUUGAUGAGCAGGAGCAAAAGUUUGUGGGGCUUCCACGCCAAUGGCAGAGCCUAAUCGAAGACACAGCCAAAAGGCCAAAGCCCUUCAUUGAUGCUACAGUUGUCACAGCUGUGGAGCCACGCAAGACUAUAGUGCGUGGCAGUAAGAUUGGGGUUGAUGGCUCUCUGACAUGGCUGCUGGAUGAAUUUGAAACCAUGUCUGUAAUACAGUCAAACUCACUUCGGGGUUACAGCCCACCUACUCAAACCCGCAGGGACUCAGGAUCCUCCGUUGGGCAGAUGAAUGGGGAACACCUCCGGCACCAUGAGCACAUAGGAAAUAGCAAAGACAGAGAGAAAGCUCAUUUGGAGUCACAGAGACCGGCCCGGGGCCACAGAGAGGAUGGAAGACCGCAACCACAGCCCCGUGGCCAAGAGCCUAGCAGACACAAAGAGCCAGAAAGAGUGAAUGUACCUCCUGCUCCUCCUCCCAGAGUGCGGGAGAGGGAUCGAGACCGAGGGAAAGAGCCACAUGACUAUGAUGACCAAGUUGUCAGGAGGGAUGGGGUCAAUGACAAGCGGCCUAAAUCCAGUUACACAAGUCAUGAUGGGAGCCCACAGUCCCAGAGGGACAAGAGACCCCUUUCUGGACCAAAUGUUCGCACACCUAACCUUCCCGUUACAGAUGGCAUGAUAAAGACAGCACAUCAAGGUGGGCCGUUCAACACUUACCCUCGUAGCGAAAGCGACACUGCACGAGGCCCCAGCAGCCAGGACCUGAAGCCAAGCAGGGCCCAAGAGCCUCCCCCCAAUGGACCCUCCAGUGGUUCGAACCGAAGUGGGGGUGGUGGAGGUAAGGGCUCCUCUCAACAGCAUCAUGCUUCCCAUCCUGUUUUAGGACCAGAGCCUCAACACAGUCAGCAGGUUCCCCCAGCACCCAGGGUUCCUGCACCAUCUGGGCCCCCUCAGCAGCCCCAGCGUGUUUCACACGAGCAGUUUCGUGCUGCUCUGCAGAUGGUGGUGGACCCUGGAGACCCACGCACCCACCUAGACAAUUACAUCAAGAUUGGCGAGGGUUCCACCGGUAUUGUGUGUAUUGCAACAGUUAAGAGCACAGGCAAACUAGUGGCUGUAAAAAAGAUGGAUCUGCGAAAACAGCAACGACGAGAACUGCUCUUUAAUGAGGUGGUGAUCAUGCGCGACUACCAGCAUGAGAAUGUUGUGGAAAUGUACAAUAGUUACUUAGUAGAUGAUGAACUCUGGGUUGUCAUGGAGUUUCUUGAAGGUGGAGCACUUACUGACAUUGUCACACAUACCAGGAUGAAUGAAGAGCAGAUUGCCACUGUCUGCUUGUCUGUUUUGAAGGCUUUGUCAGUGUUGCAUGCUCAGGGUGUCAUCCAUAGAGACAUCAAGAGUGACUCCAUUCUGCUCACUCACGAUGGCAGGAUAAAGUUGUCUGACUUUGGCUUCUGUGCUCAAGUCUCAAAAGAAAUACAACGAAGGAAGUCACUAGUAGGAACUCCAUAUUGGAUGGCUCCUGAGCUCAUCUCAAGACUGCCAUAUGGACCUGAGGUGGAUAUCUGGUCACUUGGCAUUAUGGUGAUUGAAAUGGUUGAUGGAGAGCCUCCAUAUUUCAAUGAACCUCCACUUAAAGCGAUGAAAAUGAUUCGAGACAACUUACCGCCCAAACUGAAGAACCUCCACAAAGUCUCACCUAUUCUCAAAGGCUUCUUGGACAGGAUGCUUGUUCGAGACCCUGCCCAGAGGGCCACAGCACAAGAGUUGCUCAAGCAUCCAUUCCUUGGGAAAUCUGGCCCUCCUUCCUGCAUUGUGCCCCUCAUGAGGCAAAACCGCAUGAGAUGAGAGCUAGUUGGAUCUACCUACAAAGAGGAAUUAAACCUCAAAGACCUUCCGCUGAUCUUAAAUCACUGGCCCUUUGAUGCAGGACACAUGCAGAGAGGUGCAGCUCUGCACACGUUUUUCAGGUCAAGAAUUUGACAAAAAACAUGACCUGCCUGUACAUACUCAACACUAGACUUGUUCAGAACUGAGAGAUUUAGCAAUGACUAAACCAAAUAAGAUUUUUGUACACUACUUACAUGGCUUAUGCUAUUUUGAAAAGAACAAGAAAUCUGGUCCAGUUUGUCACCUUUAUUAGAAAAGGUUCUUUGGAUUGUUUUAGAAGCAUUAUCUCUUAGUGGUGGUGCUUUUGGGUAAUGUGAUUAGUCAGUGCCUUAAGGUCCUUUUCUAGCUAAAACUCAGCCGAAGCUUCUAUUUUUCUCUACAGUAGAAGCAGUGCUGCUUAUCUAAACCCAGUCAUAACCACUUUUCUGCUUCUAAUCAGUUUAAAGAGGAAAAUAACUACUGAAGAGCUAUAUUUUACUAAAAGAGAAAACACUAGGCUUCUGUUACAACACUAGACUAGGUAAACACUGGAUGUGGGCUUUUCUUCUUUUGGAAGGUUGAUGAACAUAGACCUUUGUCUUUUUGAUUUUUAUUCUGUGAUAUUCUUUUGUGAUUGGAGUAGCAGUGAAAAUGAAUUUUAGCACUGUUUUGAAAUCGAAGCUGCACUCCUGUUCUUAUUUUAGCACACUGUCAUCUCUGUCAAACAAGACAAACCAUCAUCCUGUUUUGGUUUUUAUCUUUACUUUUUUUAUUUUUUUUAUUUUAUUUUUUUUUAUGAAAAUAGGGUGAUUUUUAUUUUGAUCAAAGCACCAUGCCUUGAUGGCUACGUUGACUGUUACCAAGGUAUUUUUACUGUUGGACAAGCGUUUAAGAAUCUCUCACAGUACAUCAUUUAAAGUGAUUUGUUGGAGGUAGAAAAAUAACAAGUUGAUUAAAUUAGUAGCCUAACCCAGACUGUCAGUUGAGGGGGUUCAAAGCACAAGAGUUUGAUGUUCAGGCUCUGUUCAUGAGGACAUGUAUGGCAUCUGCCAUUUUUUUGUGAAUAUAAGUAAUAAUGAUGCAUUGACAGUGAGAAUGGGCAUUUUAAAUCUUAGGGAUGGGCAUUGCAGAAUCCUUGCAAAAAACAUCUAUAUUUUAUUUUACUUUUACUAGCUAGUCCCAGAAUCAUAACCACCCUAUUCGGUAUGCUGUGCUUCCUAAAUGGGUGAAAGAAUAUAGAAACUUUAACAUACAUGGAACAUGUUUUUAAAAAGUUAUUCAUUAUAAACUAGUAUUAAUUAGGUGCAAACUUAACACUUUUUAUUCUUAUGAAAGUGUGUUUGUAAAGGCAAAAUUCCAUAAAUAUCCCUGUGAAUAGAGCGUUAUUCUGCAUAUGAAGGUUUGGUUAUUUAUAGAAUAAAAUUCUCCAAUGUACAUCAAAUGGGAAAUGGUAGCUCACUGUUUCAAGCCCGUUACAGCCAGAUUCCCAAUGUUGGCCCCUGAGUUAGGGCUCUUAACCCUGCAUUGCUUAGAUUGUAUUUGGUCACAAAUAAUAGUGUGUGCUAAAUCCCAUUAAUGAAAUGUAAAUCUGGGAACAACUCUGAGUCCUGUGACUAUUUAGGACCAGAGUGUCAUAGCAUUACCUGUCUUGUGUUACUAGGACCAUCUGCUUUAGGAGUAUCUAGCAGGAGCAAUGUUCUUGAAGACUUUUCUUUACCCAACUGCUGAACAGUGCUGCAUGUCUGGCUGAAAUUAUUGGUGCUUGAACACUAACAUAAGACAUGAUUACAUUAAUGUAGCAACAUGUUCAUCUGGCUGCCUUAGUCUCGGUCAUCUGAAAACAGUAUCAACCAAAGAUGUGAAAUUCAGAGAGUAAAUAUACCGGUAUGAAAACUUAUUUACACCAUGCAUAGCAUUUUGACCUGAUUGUUUAGUCACUACAUGUUGAUCUGUUUAAAGACAUUUGGGUUUAAAACUUGUUUAUGCCAUUUAUGUGCACAUUAGGAAUUAAAGUCACUUUACAGUAUCCAAAUCUUAAUCUUGCACACUGUUAUUAUUUGAAAG